AUUUAAACCCGUGGGAUAGAACCUAAAGUGAUUAGGGGCGGUUGUGUGAGUCAGGAAGAGGGGUGGAAUACUUGGUGUUUCCUUUUAGUUUCUUCAAUUGCAGGAAAGACUGUGCUUCCUGACUCCGUUCCAGAAGCAUGUGGAAUGAUAUUGAGCUGCUAACAAGUGAUGAUACAGGAAGUGGAUACCUAAGUGUAGGGUCAAGAAAUGAAAAUGGAACUUCCUUGUAUCAAGUAGAUUUGCUUGCAAAGAUCUCCUCUGAAAAGACCUCUCUGAAUCCAAAGAUACAAGCAUGCAGCUUAAAUGAUGGAUUUAUAAUUGUAGCAGAUCAAUCCGUGAUACUGCUUGACAGUGUGUGUAGAUCACUUCAAUUGCAUCUUAUAUUUGAUACUGAAGUGGAUGUAGCUGGCCUGUGUCAAGGAGGAAUGUUUCUUUUGGUUGGGGAGAGAAGUGGCAACGUACAUCUCAUUCAUGUGGCAUCUAAGCAAACAUUACUUACUAAUGCUUUUGUUGAGAAAGCUAAUGAUGAACAUCAGCAUACCUAUCAGAAUCUUGUUAUUGACAAAGAUGGUUCAAAUGAAGGUACCUAUUAUAUGUUGCUUCUUACAAAUAAUGGAUUUUUUUAUGUUACAAAUCUUCAGCUUGUAAAAAUCCAGCAAGCAAUUGAGAAUGUAGAUUUGGAUACAGUCAAAAAGUUACAAGGACAAAUCAAAUCCAGUUUUAUUUCUACUGAAAAUUAUCAUACUCUUGGUUGUCUCAAUCUUGUGACUGGAGAUUUAGCAAGUGAAACUCCUGUGAUAAUUGGGGGAACCGGUGAUUGUGCAAUCUCAAAAUGGGAACCAGAUCCUUCCAAGAAAGGGAUGACGGUCAAGAAUUAUAUUGAUGCAGAGAUUAUCAAAGGUUCAAAGAAGUUCCAGCUGAUAGACAAUCUACUUUUCAUUCUUGAUACUGAUAAUGUGCUGAGUUUGUGGGAUGUCUACACGCUCACUCCCAUAUGGAACUGGCCCUCCCUUCACAUAGAGGAGUUUCUCCUCACUACAGAAGCAGAGUCUCCUUCGUCAGUCACCUGGCAAGGGAUUACAAAUCUCAAAUUAGUAGCUCUGACAACUGCAAUUGAUAAAAAGAUGAGAAAUCUCAUGGUUUAUUCAUUACCUUCAAUGGAAAUACUAUAUUCUUUGGAAGUAUCUAGUAUUUCUUCUCUGGUUCAAACAGGAAUUAGCACAGACACCAUAUAUCUUCUGGAAGGAAUUAGCAAAAAUGAUCCAAAACUGUCUGAGGAUACCACCUCUGUUUUAGUGCUCAGGUGUCUCACAGAAGCUUUACCAGAAAACAGGUUGAGUCGAUUACUUCACAAACACAGAUUUGCUGAAGCUGAGAGCUUUGCCAUCCAGUUUGGACUAGAUGUUGAGUUUGUUUACAAGGUAAAAUCAAAUGAUAUAUUGGAGAAACUAGCUUUGAGUUCUGUGGAUACCAGUGAGCAGGCCAAAUGGCAGCAACUUGUAGAUGAAGCUAAGGAAAAUCUACACAAAAUCCAGGAUGAUGAAUUUGUAGUGAAUUAUUGCCUGAAGGCCCAGUGGAUAACCUAUGAAACAACUCAGGAAAUGCUCAAUUAUGCUAAAGCCAGGCUUUUGAAGAAAGAAGAUAAAAUUGUUCCUGCCAAUUCUGAUGGCUUGAUAGAGGUACUAAGGGCUCAUGCAAAGUUGACUACUUUUUAUGGAGCAUUUGGACCAGAAAAAUUCAGUGGUAGUUCUUGGAUUGAAUUUCUGAAUAAUGAAGAUGAUCUUAAAGACAUAUUUUUACAGCUAAGAGAAGGAAAUCUUGUCUGUGCACAGUAUCUUUGGCUUCGACAUCAGGCAAAUUUCAAAAGCAGAUUUGAUGUGAAGAUGCUUGAGAACUUGCUCAACUCAAUUUCCACACCAGUCUCUUUGCAAAAACUUUGUCCAUGGCUUAAAAAUGAUGUGAUCCCUUUUGUGAGAAGGACUGCUCCUGAAGGACAGAAAAUUCUCGCAAAAUGGUUAGAACAAGCAGCCAGGAACCUUGAAUUAACUGAUAAGGCAAACUGGCCAGAAAAUGGAUUUCAACUUGCAGAGGUAUUUUUCACAGCAGAAAAAACAGAUGAAUUGGGAUUGGCAUCCUCCUGGCAUUGGAUUUCCUUGAAGGACUAUCAAAACACGGAGGAAGUAGGUCAGUUACGUAUGUUGGUAAACAACUUGCAAGAAUUGAUCACAUUGCAUAGGAAAUAUAACUGCAGAUUGUCCCUCUCUGAUUUUGAGAAGGAAAAUGGAACCACCAUAGUAUUCCGAAUGUUUGACAGAGUGUUGGCCCCGGAACUUAUUCCCUCUGUCUUAGAGAAGAGUAUAAGAGUUUACAUGCAGGAACAUGACUUGCAAGAGGAGGAACUUCUCUUGUUGUACAUAGAGGAUUUACUGAAAAGAUGUAGCUCAAAGUCCACCUCGCUUUUUGACACAGCAUGGGAAGCAAAGGCCAUGGCAGUGAUAGGAUGUUUGUCAGACACAGAUCUUAUAUUUGAUGCUGUGCUUAAGAUAAUGUAUGCAGCAGUGGUUCCCUGGAGUGCAGCUGUGGAGCAGCUGGUGAAGCAACACCUGGAAAUGGACCAUCCCAAAGUCAAGUUACUACAGGAAAGUUACAAACUAAUGGAAAUGAAGAAACUUUUACGAGGCUAUGGGAUAAGAGAGGUGAAUCUCUUAAACAAUGAAAUAAUGAGGGUAGUCAGAUACAUUCUCAAGCAGGAUGUCCCAUCUUCCUUAGAAGAUGCUUUAAAGGUGGCUCAAGCGUAUAGGAUUUCUGAUGAUGAAAUCUACAGUCUAAGGAUUAUUGACCUGAUUGAUAGAGAACAGGGUGAAGACUGUCUCCUCCUGUUGCGGUCUCUGCCUCCUGCCCAAGCUGAGAAAACUGCAGAAAGAGUCAUCAUCUGGGCACGACUGGCAUUACAAGAGGAGCCAGAUGAUUCUAAAGAGGACAAGGCCUGGAGAAUGUCUGUGGCACAGACAUCAGUGGAUAUUCUUAAAAUACUUUGUGACAUUCAGAAAGACAAUGUGCAGAAGAAGGAUGAAUGUGAAGAAAUCUUGAAACAAUUUCAAAUGGUGGCCAGCCUACAGGAGAACUUUGAGGUCUUUCUUUCGUUUGAAGAUUAUAGCAACAGUGCCGUGGUAGGAAAUCUCCGUGAACAGUGCAUUAAAGCUCAUGAAGUUGUUCAGGCCAGGCACAAACCCGGGGGCACUGGAGAGCCCAUUGCUGCUGAGGGGACGGGCCUGAGCACCAAAUCAAAGCUUCAUGGACAGGCAUUGGCCUUACAGGUGUCCCCCCAAGAGCUGGAGGCAGAGCUGGCUUUGCGAGCCCUGAAAGACGGGAAUGUCAGGACAGCGCUGAACAAAUGCAGAGACCUGUUUAAGCAUCACUGCAAUGCCAACACAGGGAGGCUUCUGUUCCUGACGUGUCAGAAGCUUUGUCAGAUGUUGGCUAAUGACAUCCCAAUGAGAGCACCCGUAGGACUGAAUCUCCCUUCUGAGAUACACGAUCUAGCAUGCCAAGCUGCCACCAUCUGCAGUCCAGAUUUUUUAUUAGAUGCUUUAGAGCUAUGUAAAUACACAUUAAUAGCCGUGGAGCUUUCCAGACAGUGCCACAUGGAUGACUGUGGAAUCCUAAUGAAAGCUUCCUUUGGAACUCAUAAGGAUCCGUAUGAAGAGUGGUCUUACAGUGACUUCUUCAAUGAAGAUGGAAUUGUUCUGGAGUCACAGAUGGUGCUACCAGUUAUUUAUGAGUUGAUUUCAUCACUUGUGCCUCUUGCUGAAAGCAGAAGAUAUCCCUUGGAUUCUAUAAGUAUGCCAUACUGCUCCAUUAGGGAAGGAGACAACCUUAUCUUUCCUAUUAUACGUUCCAUCUCUACCCUGCUUCAGAACCUCCAGGAAUCUAGCCAGUGGGAGCUGGCACUGAGAUUCGUAGUUGGUUCCUUUGGUACUUGCCUCCAGCACUCUGUGUCCAACUUCAUGGAUGCCAGUUUACUUGGUGAAACCACAUUAAUUAAUUCAAGACAUAUUGUUAUGGAAUUGAAAGAAAAAUCCGUUAUGUUUAUCAGGGGAAAUGCUACAAUUCUACUGCACAAAGUAAUCAAUUGUCGCCUGGUGGAUCUUGACCUAGCCUUGGGUUACUGCACUCUGUUACCUCAAGAAGAUGUGUUUGAAAACCUCUGGAAGCUCAUAGAUAAAGCAUGGCAGAAUUAUGACAAAAUUCUGGCAAUAUCUCUGGUGGGUUCUCAGCUGGCCAGUCUCUAUCAGAAAAUUGAAAUAGGGCUUCAGUUCCAUGAGCUCAGUACUGAAGCACAGUGGGGUAUUCGUCUUGGUAAACUUGGGAUUUCUUUUCAGCCUGUUUUCAGGCAACAUAUUCUCACCAAGAAAGACCUCAUUAAAGCUCUCGUGGAGAACGUAGAUGUGGACACGAGCCUCAUUCUGGAAUACUGCAGCACAUUUCACUUGGACUGUGAUGCAGCUCUUCAACUGUUCAUUGAAACACUGCUUCUUAACACUAAUGUCAAACAAAGCCAGGGAGACACAAACUGGAAGUCUACAAAGCAGCAGCAUUCAAAACUCCUGGCCAAAGUCAUCGAAAUGGUUCCUCUACUGACGAGCACAAAAGAUUUGGUCAUCAGUCUUAGUGGAAUACUACAUAAGCUGGACCCCUAUGACUAUGAAAUGAUUGAAGUUGUCCUGAAAAUUAUAGAAAGAGCUGAUGAGAAUAUAACCAAUAUUAAUAUUAAUCAGGCAUUGAGUCUUCUGAAACAUUUGGAGUCAUACAAAAGAAUUUCCCCUCCCGUGGACCUAGAAUACCAAUACAUGUUGGAGCAUGUGAUCACUCUGCCAUCAGCUGCCCAGACUAGACUGCCUUUUCACUUGAUAUUAUUUGGCACAGCACAGAACUUCUGGAAAAUUCUCUCUUCAGAGCUCAGUGAAGAGUCCCUCCCAACCCUGCUCUUAAUCUCUAAAUUAAUGAAGUUUUCUCUAGACACUCUCUACGUGUCUACGGCCAAACAUGUUUUUGAAAAGAACUUGAAGCCAAAGCUCCUGAAGUUGACACCAGCUAAGUCCUCUGCACUGAUGAACAGGGAAAUAGCUAAGAUCACUCAGACCAUCGAGUCCUACCUGCUGUCUAUAGUCAACCCGGAGUGGGCUGUGGCCAUUGCCAUCACUCUCACCCAGGAGAUACCAGAAGGCUCCUUCAAGAUGUCUAGUUUGAAGUUCUGCCUGUAUUUAGCUGAGAGAUGGCUACAGAACAUCCCGCCUCAGGAUGAAACGCGUGAAAAGGCUCAGGCUUUGCUGAAGAAGCUACAUCUGCAGUUCCGGCGCUCAGGCACAGAGGCUGUGCUCAUAGCUCAUAAGCUGAACACUGGGGAAUAUUUAAGGGCGAUCGGGAAGCCGGCACACCUCAUUGUCAGCCUGUAUGAACAUCCCAGCAUAAAUCAAAGAAUGCAAAAUUCAUCUGGCAAGGAUUAUCCUGAUAUUCAUGCAGCAGCUAAAGAAAUAGCUGAAGUGAAUGAAAUUAAUUUGGAAAAGAUAUGGGACAUGUUGUUGGAAAAAUGGCUGUGCCCCUCGACAGCACCUGGUGUGGAACCAUCAGAAUUAUUUGAACUUCAAGAAGACGAAGCACUACGAAGAGUCGUGUAUCUCCUCCAGUCUCGUCCGAUUGAUUAUAGUUCAAGAAUACUGUUUGUAUGCGCAACAUCAGCUACAACUACAUUGGGCAUGCGUCAGUUAACUUUUGCCUACAAAACAAGAGCUCUUCAGUGUCUCCUCUAUUUGGCUGACAAGGAAACUAUAAAAUCUCUCUUCAAAAAAACCAUUGAAGAAGUAAAAUCCUAUUUGAAAUGUAUGACUUUUCUGGCAGCUUUUGAGAUGUUGAAUAUCCCCAUCACAUUUGAAUUAUUUUGCAACAGUCCUAAAGAAGGAAUGGUCAAGGGCCUGUGGAAGAACCACAGGCAUGAGCCUAUGGCGGUAAGAUUGGUAACAGAGCUUUGUUUAGAAUACAAAAUCUGUGACCUGCAACUUUGGAAUGGACUCCUGCAAAAGCUUCUUGGCUUCAAUAUGGUUCCUUAUCUAAGGAAAGUUUUAGCAGCCAUUUCUAGUUUCCAUUCUUUAUGGCAGGUUCCCUACUUCAGCAAAGCUUGGCAGCACGUGAUUCAGAUACCACUGCUCUCAGCCUCUUGUCCUUUAAGACCCAGUCAGUUGUCAGAUUGUUGUGAGAGUCUCAUCGCUGUCCUAGAAUGUCCAGUUUCAGGGGAUCUCGACAUGAUGGGAAUCGCCAAGCAGUAUGUCCAGUUGGAGCUUCCGGCUUUUGCAUUAGCUUGUCUGAUGCUCAUGCCCCACUCAGAAAAGAGACACCAGCAAAUUAAGAGUUUUCUGGGUUCAUGCAAUCCUCAGAUCAUCUUACAGCAGUUAGAAGAGCACAUGAGUGAAGGCCAAUUAGCUGGAUUUUCACACCAAAUUCGAAAUCUGAUUUUGAAUGAUGUCAUAAAUAAGAAGGAGUUUGGAAUUUUGGCAAAGACAAAGUACUUCCAAAUGUUGAAGUUGCAUAUGAUAAAUGCCAAUAACAUCACUGAACUAACACGCUACUUGGCAAAUGAAUUAAGUGUAGAUGAAGCUUCAGCUUUGAUAACUGAGUAUUCAAGGCACUGGGGGAAACCUGUGCCUCCAAAUGUGGCUCCCUGUGAAGUCCUGAAGACGUUCCUCAAUGGAUUAUAGUAAAUCAUCAAACCUUUUUUCAAACGACAAGAAGAAGUUUGGAGUCUACUACUAACUGACUAUAUUUAUUACAGUUUGAAAAUUGUGCAAUCUUUGGCUGGGGAUGUGGCUCUAGCAGUAGCACACUCGUCUGGCAUGCGUGCAGCCCGGGUUCGAUCCUCAGCACCACAUACAAAGAUGUUGUGUCCGCCAAAAACUAAAAAAUAAAUAUUAAAAAAAAAUCUCUCUCUCUCUCUCUCUCUCUCUCUCUCUCUCUCUCUCUCUCUAAAAGAAAGAAAAUUAUGCAAUCUAUAUGUCAUAGCUAUUUGUCAAAUGUUGUCCCACAAGGAAUAACUAAGAUGCUCAAUAUUAGCAUAAUUACCCCAUAAAGAACUCCUGUCCUGAAUUAAUAAAUAAUUUCAUUGCCUUUUCCUUGUAUAAUUUAUAGACUCGGUUAUAGACUGUUUUUUUUGCACCCUACAUGAAGGAAGCAAAAUGCAAAGAGAGUUUGUUCUCUUCAAGAAAAGCAAAUACCCAAAUCCUAUUUAUUCCAUUUAUAAAAAUUAAAAUAUUAAAUGUUAUUAUAAGUCCACAUUUAUUUAACUUUAGUUGUAGUGUGUAUCGGUCAGUGGCAAGUCAGAAAGACAUGCCGAGCAGGAAAGGGGUUUAAUGUCAGAGAUUGGCUGCAAAAGUUCUUAAAAGGACUGAAGGAAUAAAAGAGAGACGAAAAGCUAGAAUGCAGAAGUUUCUAGAAGCCUAAGAUCUGGAGCUGCCCCUGACCCUGGAUUGGAGCCCAAACCCACAUUUACCACUGACCUGUUGGAGCUGCCGCCACCACGCUGCACUCAGAAGUCCGGGACUUUCCACAGAGCCACUAGUUGAUAGCUGCUGUGUCCAACCAUCACCAAAAGAGGUAGUCCUUGUGCCAGCAUCCAGCAGUGACCCAACCAGAGACAUGAAAAAUCCAGAUGGGCUCUGUCAAGGAGUUUUCCCCAGAAAAUGGAAAAGGAAGAAGGGCAAGAGCAAGUGUGGAGCUGGGACCGUGGGCCAGUGGAAGUGGGUGGAAGACUGCAGGUACCCAGAGGGAGUCUGUGUGAACUGCCUGGGAAGGGGGUACAUGUCAAGCUGAGAUGCCUGGCAGUGCAGCAGGAGGUGAGAUCAGAGGCACCUGGCUCAGGAAGACACAAUGGCACAAUGUGAAGGGACAAGUCACAAAAGGACAGUUAUUCCCACUCUGUGUGGUGUUUAUGAUGCACAAUAUUUCUCUUUUAGGAGACUUAAGAUUAAAGAAGGGCUGUUUUGAACUCCA